AUGGACACAAUCAAAGACCUGGCCAGCAAGGCAGCGGCAGCUCUCAACCUCAGCGGGUCUGAGGCGCACCCAGCUAUUGACCCGCCUUCAGAGGAAGAAUUCAAGCAACUGAAGGAGACGUACGAAAAGGCAGGACAAGCUCAGGUCUUCAGCUUCUGGGAGGACCUCAAGCCGCAAGAUCAGGGACAGCUCUACCAGCAACUCUCUCCCAUCGACCCCGAACACAUCAACAAGAUCACCGACAAAGCACUGAACCCUCCCAAGACCGAAGGCGAGGAUGCAAAGCCCAAGCUUGAACCACUGCCUGACAGCGCCCAGACUUCGACAAUCGACAGCAAUGAGGCGGAUCUACAAAAAUGGUACGAAUCAGGUUUGGAGCUGAUCUCCAAGAAUCAAGUCGGUGUGGUGCUCAUGGCAGGAGGCCAGGGCACUCGGUUGGGAAGCUCUGCACCCAAGGGAUGCUACGACAUUGAACUGCCAAGUCACAAAUCACUCUUCCAGCUGCAGGCUGAGCGAAUCUUAAAGUUGCAAGAGCUAGCGAAGAAGGUACACAACAAGGAAGAUGCGGUGAUCCCGUGGUACAUCAUGACCUCUGGACCGACACGCAAGCCUACGCAGGAUUUCUUUGAGGAGAAGCAUUACUUUGGAUUGAACCGCAACAAUGUCAUCUUCUUUGAGCAGGGCGUGCUGCCGUGUGUAAGCAUGGAGGGCAAGAUUCUGUUGGAGAGUAAGAGCAAGGUCGCGGUUGCACCAGAUGGCAAUGGAGGAUUGUAUACAGCACUCAUUGGGUCUGGUGUUGUGCAGGACAUGGAGAAGCGUGGUGUGAAGCACAUCCAUGCGUACUGCGUUGACAACUGCCUUGUGCGAGUCGCGGAUCCAACUUUCAUUGGGUUUAGCGCUGAGAAGGAAGUUUCGAUCGCGACCAAGGUUGUGCGGAAGCGUAAUGCCAAGGAGAGCGUUGGUCUGAUCUUGCAGAAGAAUGGCAAGCCAGACGUCGUUGAGUACUCUGAGAUUGACGCGGAGACGGCAGAGGUAAGCGCACGGCGUACACCAACGAUCGAAGAUAUACUAACAUCCUGCAGGCCAAGGACUCAAAAGACUCGUCCCUUCUUAAGUUCCGCGCAGCGAACAUUGUCAACCACUACUACUCGUUCGACUUCCUCAAUUCGAUCCCAGAGUGGUCCCACAAGCUGCCACAUCACAUCGCGAAGAAGAAGAUCCCCACUGUUGACGAGAAGGGCAACCCCGUCAAGCCAGAGAAGCCGAACGGCAUCAAGCUGGAACAGUUUGUGUUUGACUGCUUCCCAUUCCUCGACAUGAACAAGUUCGCCUGCAUGGAAGUGAAGCGAGAGGACGAGUUUUCGCCUCUGAAGAACGCCAAGGGCACGGGCGAAGAUGAUCCCGAGACAUCGAGAAAGGACAUCCUGCAGCAGGGGCAGCGAUUCCUCGAGGCCGCUGGCGUCACGGUAGUCUCCGAGACUGACGAGACGGGGGUUGAGGUUUCUCCUCUCAUCAGCUACAGUGGUGAAGGGUUGGAGUUCCUCAAGGGUCGCGAGGUCAAGGCACCAGCCGUCAUUGAGAAGGAGUGA